AUGCUGAUCAAUAUGAUGGGUUCUCUCCUUCCGACUUAUGUCCCAAAACUUAUGGUGCUUCUCAUGCAUGCGAUAGGUAAGGAAGCACUUCAGAGUGAGGGGUUUGCUGUAUUGCAUAUUUUCAUUAAGCAAUUGGCAAAGGAGAGAGAGAACGAGAACGAGAGCGCUUGUUUGCAAUUGGCUAAAAUUGUGGAAAUCUUAGAAGAGCUUGUAUCUGAGAACAGGCUCAUCUUAAAGGAGCACAUCCGCGAGUUCCCUCCUUUGCCCAGCAUUCCUGCCCUAACAGAAGUGAACAAAGUCAUACAGGAAGCACGUGGAUUAAUGACUUUGAAGGAUCAACUGCGAGAUGUAGUUGAGGGGUUGAACCAUGAGAAUCUGAAUGUUAGGUAUACGGUGGCUUGCGAGCUUAGCAAACUGCUGAAGCUAAGAAGAGACUAUGUCACAGCUGUGGUCACUGGGGAAGGAGAUUUAGAUAUGGAUGUCUUGAGCUCUUUAAUUACGUACUUGCGUAGAGGGUGUGCAGAAGAAUCAAGAACUUCUGUUGGACAGCGGCUAAAGUUGGUUUGUGCUAAUUGCCUCGGAGCACUUGGUGCAGUUGAUCCUGCCAAAGUAAAACGGGUUCCUAGCCAGCGGUUCAAAAUUGCGUGUUCAGAUGAUGAUUUGAUUUGUGAGUUGAUCCAUAAGCAUCUGGCAAGGGCUUUUAGAGCUGCACCAGACACUAUUAUCCAAGACUCAGCUGCAUUGGCCAUACAGGAGCUGCUAAAGAUCGCUGGUUGUGAGGCAUCACUUGAUGAUAAUGUUGCGGCUUCUACAUCACAGAUGCUGAAGGAUAGAAAAUAUUUGAAAGCCUCAUCAUCUGGGGCCAAGAGCGCAGAUGACUGCAGUGAAAUGAAUGGAAGGGGUCAGAGAUUGUGUGACCGUUUUUCUAAUUAUGUCAAAGAGAUAAUUGCCCCUUGCUUAACCUCAAGAUUUCAACUUCCAAAUGUAGCAGAAUUUGCAUCUGCUGGUCCUAUCUAUCGACCUUCUAUGUCGUUUCGAAGAUGGAUAUUCUUCUGGAUCAAAAAGCUGAUUGUGUACGCUACUCGUUCUCGAGCUAGUAUUUUCAAUGCUUGUCGAGGUAUAGUACGUCAUGAUAUGCAAACUGCAAUGUAUCUACUGCCUUAUUUGGUCUUGAAUGCUGUUUGCCAUGGCACUGAUGAGCUAUCAGUGGACCAAGUCUGUUACCCAUUUAAAUGUCUCCGUAUACAAAUUUGUCAGUUUGUCCCACGUACAAGUCCAGGUCCCACGUAA